AGUCCUAGAUUAGUCCAGAUCCUUCGCUGGUGGCGAUUAUGUGGCUGUUUUCCGACAGCUUGUUAGUUUGCACGAACAGUUUACCCAUUUCUUUUUCUGAUCCACUAUCAUUUUGUGAAGUACCCUCCGGUUCAAUUUCGCCGGUUAUUCUGUUGCAUACGACAUCCGAAAAGCCGUAAAACUGAUCCCAGACCAGUGAAGAAAUUUAGUUCGCGAGAGCCGACCUCCUGAAUGCCAGCUCAGCAGUCGUGUAUUAAAAAUAAUCCAGGCAGGGAUGGGCGAAUCUACGGGGGUCCAAACUGUGACCUUUUUUUGUUGAAUUUCACAGUUGUCGCUUUUUUUUACACCUAUGUGAUGAAACUAUUUUGCACCGAGAAGGAAAGCGAGGACUCGCCAGGGACGAACCGCCACGUCAUGCUGCCGAAAUAUAAGUGUUCUAGGAAAAACAAGCUCCAUUAUAACUUAAUGCAAACCUUUACUGCACUGCUGGGCCCUUACAUCAGGGGGGCGUAGUAUUUUAGGUUCCACUUGAACUCUGGAGCAGGGAAUAUAGCCUGAAUUAUGUCGAUAUAGUGACAUCUGCUCAACAUUUAAGCUUAAGUGCUACUUGAUCUAUUUGUAAAUCUGAAGUGUUUCAUGAUGCAGCUUUGUACUGUUAUUUCUGUCCGUGCCUUCGUUAAAGCAAAACGUGAACACCAUGAACUACGUGGGCCACCUGGCGGGCCAGGUACUGGUGACGGUGCGGGAGCUGUACAAGGGCAUCAACCCGGCCACGCUGUCAGGCUGCAUCGACGUGGUGGUGGUGUGUCAGCAGGACGGGUCCUACCAGUGCUCCCCCUUUCAUGUGCGCUUUGGAAAGCUGGGAGUGCUGCACUCCAAGGAGAAGUUGAUUGAUAUCGAAGUCAAUGGUGAGCCUGUGGAUCUGCACAUGAUGCUGGGAGACAGUGGUGAGGCCUUCUUCGUGGAGGAGGUAGAGAAGCAAAAUGAGACUGUCCCCACCCACCAGGCUCCCGAACCCAUGGAGGACCCAGCGUUCAAGGCACAGGAGUCACGGCCAGUGUCGUCGGAUCCUGAAUCUGAAGGCCUCGGGCAGCCGGAGUGGCCGUGGAGUUGCGCCCCUGGCGAGCACAGAGACGGCAGUGAGGACCCACUGCCAAGCACUGCCUCGGUGAGGAAGAAGAAGCGAAGGAGGAAAAAGCUGAAGGCAGACCAUCGGAAGGAGGAGUUGGCGCCCCCUGCUGGUGGGGAGGAAAUCUUUGACAUGGACCUUAGCUCUGAUGAGGACCAGGCAAUGCAGAGUGCAAGAGUGUCCUUCAGCCCGAUGAAGGAGCACAAACAGCCCAUCCACGAGUCGCUGGACAGUUACCCGUUCUCGGAUGGGGACUGUGUCCCCACUCACAGUCUGGCUGGACCACAGACGUUCUCACCGAAGAGUGACUCGGAGCUGGAACUGAAGGCCUCCGACAGCCAGCUGAGGGCACAGUCCCACAUCGAGUGGACAUGGGGAGAGCUCCCAGAAUCCACAUGGGGCCCACGAAAGGAGUUCAUUGAGCCAGCGAAGGCCAUCGCCUGCUCUGUCAGCGAGUCCUCCUCCAAGAAGAAAGGGGUCCCAAAGCGGAGUGAGCACCAGGGCCCCGAGGACAUCUACCUGGAUGAUCUGCAGGAGCUUGGUCCGGAUGUGGCUGCUCGCUACUUCCCCAGGAGCCAGGUGGAUUCUGGCGGCAGACAGUGGGCGGAGCCUGGCCAGUGGGCGGAGCCACCCCAAUCGGUGAGCAGCACGGGGGCCGACAGUGGGACCGAAUGCCUCUCCGACUCCGCCAGUGACCUGACAGAGGUCACGCUGUCGCUGUGCGGGGGGCUUGGCGAGAAUGCAGACAUCUGCAAAGAGAAAUUUUCGCAACAUGUCAUUAAAUAUCACGAGUUCGUGGAAAACCCCAGUAUCAUCGAUAAUCCCAACCUGGUUGUCAAAAUCGGGAGCAGGUACUACAACUGGACUUUGGCAGCCCCAUUGGUGCUCAGCUUGCAGGCCUUCCAGAAGAGCUUGCCUAAGAGCACCGUAGAGACCUGGGUGAAGGAGAAGAUGGCCAAGAAGUCUGGAAGGUGGUGGUUCUGGCGGAAACGGGCCGACGUCACCUCCAAGCAGUCAGAAACUAAGUUGGAGUUGAAGGAGGAGUCCCUGGGUAGAGACGAGCCCUCCCCCAUGCAUCCGAGCCCCCCCUCCCAGGCCCAAGAAAGGGACUCCAGUGACGAGGAACCCCGAAACAAGGACGUGGCUGCCAGGCCGGACCACAGACCACCUGGACACCAGGAGCCUCCUGCUGCCCGCUCCUAUAAGAAGUCUCUGAGACUUUCCUCAGAGCAGAUCGUCUCCCUGAGGCUGAAGGACGGCCCCAACGACGUGACCUUCAGCAUCACCACGCAGUACCAGGGCACCUGCCGCUGCGAGGGCACCAUCCAUCUGUGGAACUGGGACGACAAAGUGAUCAUCUCCGACAUUGAUGGGACCAUCACCAAGUCAGAUGUGUUUGGGCACAUCCUCCCCCAGCUGGGCAAGGACUGGACCCACCAGGGCAUUGCCAAGCUCUACCACUAUAUACACAAGAAUGGGUACAAGUUCCUGUACUGCUCCGCACGAGCCAUCGGCAUGGCGGAUAUGACUCGAGGCUACCUGCACUGGGUAAACGAUGGGGGCACUAUUCUGCCCCGGGGUCCCCUUCUACUGGCUCCCAGUAGUCUCUUCUCUGCCUUACACAGGGAGGUCAUCGAGAAGAAGCCGGAGGUCUUCAAGAUCAAAUGUCUCACCGACAUCAAGAAUUUGUUCCUUCCCAACAAACAACCUUUCUAUGCCGCUUUUGGCAACAGGAGUAACGAUGCAUUGGCCUAUGAGCAGGUGGGUGUACCACAGUGCCGGAUAUUCACGGUGAACCCAAAGGGAGAGCUUAUUCAGGAACAGACCAAAGGGAACAAAUCUUCGUACUGUCGGCUGAGUGAACUGGUGGAGCACGUCUUUCCCCUGCUGAGCAAGGAACAGAGCUCCGCCUUUGACUGCCCUGAUUUCAGCUCCUUCUGCUACUGGAGGCAGCCAAUUCCUGAGCUCCUGCCCGAGGAUCUAUUAGCGUGACCCAAAGAGCCCACGAACCCAAAUCCCUUCCUCGAUGCUGCUCUGGAUCUCUGCACCCUGCCACACUGGGUGAGGUUAUCUAAGCAGGCUAAAUGUCAGUGUCAGUCCGCUCCUGGGUACCUGCUGUGCAGGUGCAUGCCAUGCCGUAACCUCACCGGGUGAGUAACCUCUACAUCAGUGGUUCUCAAACUCGGUCCUCGGGUCCUGCUGUCUUUCAGCUUCUAAUUACCUGGAUCAGGUGUGUUCAGUCAAUCAGCAGUGUGUAGGGCAGGGAUAGCUGGGAAACAAGCAGGGCAGUGGGUUCCGAGGACCGAGUUUGAGAACCACUGCUCUACAUUAUGCAAGAUCGAGGGUUUAAUGAUGCAGGGAUUGGAUGUGACCCACUCAGGACUUUAGGGCUGGGAUUGAUGAAUGCAGAAGGGAAGCCAGCUUUCAGGCUCCUGCACUGACAUGUCAGAGGUGUCCCUCCAUCGCACAAAAAUCGCUUUUAAAAAAAAAUAAAAAAAAGACACCAGUGAAUACUUUGGGUAAUUCUUGCUAGGACCCAAACCAUCAAACUGGCCCCAUUCAUUUUUUUCCCAUAACUGUCCAGCGGAUUGCCUGCUUUUAAAGCAAUUAUAUCUUUCUCUUUUCUUGCACAUCGAAUGCACCAAAUUCAAAACGCAUCUAAGACUGGCGGUAUGUAUAGCUGCUGUGAGAGGGGAUUUCCUCUCCUUCCUGGUAUUGAUUAGUAACGUGUGUGUUUGUUUUAAAAGCCCUGAGGGUGAGUGUGUGUUUCAGUCUUUAACCUGUAGGUCUGUUCUUUCUGUGAAAGGUAAUAUGCUGGUGUGGAACCAUCAAACGCUGCUUAAAGGUAGAGCUCAUGUUUGGAUGCUUUUAGUCUCUGCAGAGGCGACGAGAGUAAAACUAACAUGCGCCUCAAACUUCAAUGCCUGAUACUUAUGUAAGAGUAAAUGGUAAAAAAAAAAUCUAUUUUUAAUGUAAAUUGUAUCACUUUUCUUUGUACAAGUGCAUUUACUGUAUUUUUGCAUUACUGGCAAGGAUGAUGUAUGACUCAAAUGUAAAAAAUUAUAUAUGCAUAAACCAAA